AUGAUAGCACGACCCAAACCUGGAGAAACCGAAGAUGAUCUUAAAAGGCUUGAAGCGGAAUUUCAGCAGGGCGAUAGUCAGUGUUCCGUCAAAAUCAAGCGCCCAAUCAAAAAAGCAACGCGACCCAACUUGGCCGGACGAUUCACGUUGGAUUUAGACACUUUACCCGAACUUGAAAGCUAUCAAGUUCUUUUUGACGUCGAAGAGCGCAACACUGAUCUACUUGAUCUUCAACCGACAACAAGCAAACUGCCAGCAUCAACCCUGAAAAGCUACUCAGAAGAUGACGGUUUUCCAGAGGCUAUUGAUCUCUCAUCUUACUACAAAGUUGGCAGUGCGAAAAGACAAGCCGAUGCUGGGAAAAGUUAUUUUGCAACUGAGUUCGACCGCCUUAAUGGCCACAUUGAAGAUGCGAGACAUGACCCCAUCGAGGAAGAUUCAAUUACGGCGUUAGCAAGUGAGACGCAAAAUGAUUUUGAAGAGGAAAACGUGAAACGGCUGGCUGCGAUGAAAAAUGAUGAACUUGUAGCAGCACGCAAAGAAAUUGAAGAAAAGCUUGAUCCGAAGUUGUUGGAAUUCUUGAAGAACCGGCAUAAGUCAAAAAACGCUAAACCUUCAUCUGAGGCUCUAGCAAAGCCUCAAGUUUCCCAAUAUAAACAAGCGAAGCUGCUACGCGAACAGGGAUUGGCGGAGGAAAAAAAUGAACCGCAAACUUCUAUAUCUACCGAAGCUAUCAGACAAUUAGAAGUGUUGGAGGAGUUUGCAGAUUGGAAAGCAGAAGAAAAGUACGACAGAUUAGCUGCCGAUGCAGUUCAACUCGACUUAUUGACGAAAUGCGCUCGAAGAGUGAUUCCAAGACAAGAACACCAAGCCACUCGUCUAUUUGAUCUAUUGAAAGCCUCUACCAGAACCGAAGCACCAAAUUCGACACUCGAGUUAGCGAGAAGUAAAAUUGACGAGAUUAAGAAACUCUACCUUGAAGAAAUUAACGUUGGUGGAAAGCAGGUCCAGCGGUUUGCAAAUGGACUAAAUCCGGUAGUGGAUGGCUCAUGGAUGUUGCGACCGAUCCGAAGCGUUUUGGAUGCAAUGCAGAAAUCGGAAAGGUCUUCUACCACAGAUGAUCUCGACAUCGUUCGUUUAACGCUAAUGUGGACGGCGUUACUUUUUGCAGAAAGACCGACACUAUUCUAUACAAUGGUUGACCCCAGCGAUUUUUAUGUACGACUGGCAGAACUUUAUAUUUUGGGCCCAGAAUUGUUUACCGAUACGAUUAUUGAAGAGUGCACAUCGAUGCUCUUGGAGCAAUUUUUGUUGCCUCAAUCGCGAAAAGGGCAACUAAUUCUUCGACUUGAACGACCCGUGGCGGGCCUUGACGCUUUCAUGCCAUUUUACGAAGAGCUGUUAACAAAGUACGAGGAGUUUUCCGUUGGGCAUAUUGGAUUCUCAAAGAUCAUCUUACUUGGUGCUUAUGGAAACAGCGCUCUUAGUGAUGCCCUUGAAUGUCAAUUAACGCUAUGGAGUAGUCGGAGAAAUGUUGUACGAGAGAUGACAACGUCUUCCAAUGUAUUGAAGCCGCUUCUUGACUUCAUCAAAGAAAUAUCAGAGAAUGCGGCUAAAGCUAAAGAGGAGACUUGCUACGUACAGUACAGCAUGCUCUUGUCGGAAUAUGCAGGUGCUCUUCGUUCUCGUCGAGUGGAAAAGGAAAGAAAUUCGGGAGCGUUUAUGAUUGCCGCGAACGAGCUUGGAGCUUUUGUUUUGAGACACACCAGUGCUAAAGAGAAUGUCGAAUUAUCAACACCGAGUUUGAAAGAUUUCGAUUCGCUGGUUUGCGUCUUACGAGAAGCUGUCAAAGACGUUCUGACCAUU